GGGGAGAAAAGGAGGAGGAGGAGAAGCCGGAGUAAAGUUUGUCCAAGUUUGCUCAUCCAUUCGGAAUACGCCAUUUUGAGUUCUCUCCUCUGCGGAGCAACUUUGCAGCCUCUCUCUCCCUUUCUUUUUUUUUUCUUUCAUCACCUUCAUCAUCCCCGAUCACCGCCGUUCAUCUACCAUCAUCAUCAUCAGCCCCCCCCAUCACCACAACCACCAUCAUCCUCGCCACGAUGUCUCGGCGCAAGCAGCCCAACCCCAACAAAGUGAAGCUGUGAGCAGUGGUUGCAGACACACACACAACAAACCCCGCCCCCUCCCGCCCCGCCCCGAGACAGAUUCGAGCGAGCGAUCGUUGCUUUACGAAAAGGACGGCAGUCAUGGAGAACUCCACAGAGGAGCGGCAGGAAGGGGGAGGAGCCAACACUGAGCUGACUGAGGAGGAGGAGAAAACGCACAAUAACCUCAAAGGAGCGAUCAACGGAGUGAUGGAAGGAGCAAAGGAGGUGGCGAGCGGAGGAGCGAAACUACAGAACGGAGAGAAAGGUGGAGGAACCGUGGGAACCGGAGGAGGCGGAGGAGAAGACCUCUCCUCCAUUAAUGCCAUGAUGUCAGCAGUGAUGUCAGCAACAGGGACCAUUAACGGCGGAGACGGUGGGAGUGGAGCCCCUUCAGCCUCCUCCUCCGCCGGCCCCUCCCCCAGCCCUUCACCGAGCAAGUCCCUCACGGCAGCCAUGCGAGCCCCUCCCGGCCGCAACGCACGACGCAACCAGGAAACCAAAGACGACAGCUCAUCUUAUUGUUGUCCGCUGUGUGACAAGAGCUGUCAAACACAGCACCAGCUGACCAUGCACAUUAGACAGCACAACGCCGACGCCGGAGCGACGGAUCACUCCUGCAGCAUCUGCGGGAAAUGCCUGAGCUCGGCCUCGUCGCUCGACAGACACAUGCUGGUCCACAGCGGCGAGCGGCCCUACAAAUGCAACAUCUGCGGCCAGACCUUCACCACCAAUGGCAACAUGCACAGACACAUGAAGAUUCACGAGAAGGACCCGGCCAGCGGCCUGCUCCCCGUCAGCCCACCCUCUCCCACCAAACGCCGCCGUCCGUCCGUGAAGAGGAGGCAGGGCCUCGAGGAGGAGAACGGAGAGGAGCCGCCCAACAAGAAGGUGGCGGACGACGCGACGGCCGACGAGGCAGUGGCGGGCCGCGGCUCGGAGGAGGAGCUUCUGCCCUGUCCCAUCUGCUUCAAGACCUGCAGCUCCAGACUGGAUCUGGACGCGCACAUGGACACCCACCCUGACACCGCCCUCAGGUGUGAUCUCUGCUGCCUUUCAUUCCGAACCCACCGUGGUUUGCUGCGUCACAAUGCGGGGGUUCAUAAGCUCCUCCCCCAGGACCCCAGCGGCCGGCCUUUCAUCCAGAGUAACCCCUCUAUCCCCACCGGCUUCAAUGACUUGGCCUUCAUUGACUUCUCCUGCAAGAAGUUUCCUCACAUUGCACAGGUCUGGUGUGAGACGAAUCUCCGACGCUGCAUCAGUAAGUUCCACCGGUUUGUCUGUGAGUCGUGCGACAAGGCAUUCCCCCUUCGCUCAGCCCUGGACCUCCAUAAAACCAACUCUCACCCCGACAAACCCGCCACCACCAGCUCGGAGGAUACCGCAGAGAAGGAGAAGGAGGAAGGAGAAGGUUCUGCAGAGAACGAGGUUGAGAACAACCAGCAGGACGCAGACAAAGAAGCCCUGCCUGCAGAGCAGUCCGACUUCCUGGAAGGGCUGGGUCUUCAGCACGUUUCUAAGGUGAAGGCUGGUCCCACUGAUGACGAGAUCCAUCAGGCCCACCUGGACAGCAUCAAGGUGAUACACGUGGAGCCUCCGUCCUCCAGCCUCCCCCAGGAGCCGGCUUCGGGCUACUUGUCUGGAGGACUAGGAUUGACUCUGGGGCUUGGCGUGAGCGGUCUGACGGCCCUCAGCAUCCCUCUGCUGGAGGCCCCGGGCUCGGCCUUGCAGGGCCUCUCCCAGAGAGACGCCUUCAGCCUGCUGUCCCUGCAGCCCUUCCCCACCGGCUUCCUCCUGCAACCCGACGGGACCGCAACUGCAGCCAGCGCCGCUUCAUCAGGUGUCAAACCCGGAGAGGCAGGCGGUACUGGGAUUAUGGAGCUGGCAGAUAUCCAGCAGAUCCUGAAAGUGGCGACUACCACACCAAAUCAGAUAGGACUCCCACCUCUGGCCAAAGCUCCAGGAUUCAGCGGUGCUAACGGUCAAGUUCAGGGUCAGAAGGCGAUGCCGCCACUGAAACCCAAACCUCCCAUCAGCCCUCGCUCCAGCCUCACAACAACGACCCCUCCACCCCUGCAAAGCUCCCAGCAGGCCUCACUGGGCUGCAUCAGCCCCAGCCUGCCACCUCCCACGCCUUCGCUCUUCAAAACACCCUCCUCGUCCUCAUCCUCAGCCGGGAACGGCGGGCAGAUGGACGCGGAUUGCAUGAAUGAGGCCCACGCCCCCCUGUCUGACUCGCCGCCUGCUGCUACUACAGCUGUACACGAGGAGGUGGGGCUUAGUGGAAGGAAGCCAGGAACCAAAGGCAGCAACAACUCGGGAUCGUUCCCGUGUCGUUUUUGCGACCAGGUGUUCGCCUUCUCCGGCGUGCUGCAGGCGCACAUGCGCUUCCACCUCGGCAUCCUGCCCCACCAGUGCAACAUCUGCGACUACGUAGCUCCUGAUAAAGCCACGCUCAUCCGUCACCUGCGCACGCACAGCGGAGAGCGCCCGUACGUCUGCCGCGUCUGCCAUUAUCCGUUCACUGUCAAGGCCAACUGUGAGCGCCACCUCAGGAAGAAGCACGCCAAGACCUCGAGGAAGGAGAUCGAGAAAAACAUCAAGUACGUCACCUCGACAACCACGGCGAACAUCGCAGCCGCCAUCACCACUGCAGGCACCACCUCCACCCAGGACACGGAGACGGGCUCCACCGGAGCCGAGACCGUGUGCCGGUUCUGCGGCGAGGACCUGAAAACGUACCGGGCGCUACAGAUCCACCUGCGCACGCAUAACGGCUGCCAGAGGAAACCGUUCGAGUGCCGACGUUGCGGCGCCGCCUUCCUAGCCAAACGCAACUGCAUCCACCACCUGCUGAAGCAGCACCCUGAGGUGCAAGAGCGUGAGAUCGAGGAGCACAUCGCCACCUUGCUGCCUGCCGCCGCCCUCGCCACUGCCCGCGCUGCACCGUUGCCGCUGAACGGCAUCAGCCAGCCUCCGAUCCCAGUCGUGAAGGUGGAGGAACUGGCGAACGUCACAUAUCCUGCAGAACUGGACCAGCCGCUCGACUUCUCCGCAAAGGGCCGCGGCGCCGGCAGCCAGACGGGGUCACCUGGGGUCAAACUGGAGAGCGUCUCCCCCACCUUCGACUGCGCUGACCUGGACCAGCCCAUCGACCUGUCCAUCCCCAGCAAGAGGCAGCGAAGGGAGGCGGCGAGUGGCAGCGAGCUGAGGGAGAUAAAGACGGAGCAGAGCGGCAGCAGCAUCGUUGAGCAGCAGCAGCACGCUUUGUCCAAGGACGAGAAGAUGGCGAGUGGCCCCUCCCCGCUUCACCCCCACCCCCAGCUCGGCUGCUACCAGCUACCCCCGGGCUCCACUUCCUCCCCCGCCUCCCUCCCCAACGCGGCGCGAGCCCAGCGCCUCAAACCACUGCUGCCCAAACCCGCCACCUCCUCACCCUCCGGCACCCUCAAAGAGCUGCCACCGCUGGCCUCCAUUGCUCAGAUCAUCAGCUCUGUGUCCGCCGCCCCAGACCUGCUGAAGCGCGACGCUGCCGGCGUCACUUCCUCUCAGGCCGAUUCCGCCACAGACGCCCCCACAGCCUCGGCCAGCCUGGAGGGACAGAGCGACGACGCCUCCGACGGAUCCUCCAGGAGGAGGCCCAGGAAGAAGGCAGCCGGCCUGGGCCUGAAGGAGAAGGCCGUCAGCGGCAUCGACUUGGAGUCGAGCGGCGAGUUUGCCAGCGUGGAGAAGAUGCUCGCUAACACAGACGCCAACAAGUUCAGCAACUACCUGCAAACUGGAGCUGCUGACCUGGCAGGAAAGAAAGUUGGCGACAAAGCAACAGGAGGGGAGGAGAAGGAGGGCGGAGCUAAGGAGGAAGCAAAGCCGGCGGCGGUGAAUCAGCCCAAAGGAAAGAAGAACGCUUACUCCAACUCUGUCCAGAAGCUGACCUGCCCCUUCUGCCCCCGAGUUUUCCCGUGGGCGAGCUCGCUGCAGAGACACAUGCUGACACACACUGGUCAGAAGCCGUUCCCGUGUCCGCGCUGCGACGCCUUCUUCUCCACCAAAUCCAACUGUGAGCGCCACCUGCUGAGGAAACACGGUGUGACCCACAGGACGCUGCGACGCAACGGCGCCCUCGUGAAGAAAGGCGGCGACGAAGGCUCGCAUGAUAGCGCCGAGAGCCAAUCAGAGACGGAGCAGAUGGCACCAGAAGCACAAAACCUCAGCAAUACCCCCUCAUCUGCAGACUCAGGCCCCGCCCCCACCGCUGAUAGCACCACCCACUGUGAAGACACACAGGAAAGCCCCACCCACAAACCAAGCCAAGGUUUCAGCCCGACUCCUGGACCUGCCGAGCAGCAAGAUACAGAAACCACACAGCAGCAGCAGCCGGACCAGCAGGGGGCGCCAGAGACCCGAGCAACACAGGGCAAACAACCUCCAAACAGCAGCAAGGUGGAGAGCACCGACGAUGACGACUGCCACAGCAACAAGAGUCUGGACCUGAACUUUGGCAAGAAGCUCAUCGACUUCAAACUCAACACGUCAUCUUCAGGCUCCGCCCAGGAGGAGCAGUCCUCUCAGCCCUCCUGCUCCUCCUCCUCUUCUUCAUCUUCAUCUUUAUCUGGACCCUCUACCUCCACUCCCCAAGCAGCGCCUGAGAGCCCAGAAGAGAAGGAGAAAGACACGCCCACUUCCUCCUCGCCUUCCUCAUCCUACAGCCUCGCGGUGAAACAGCAGCCGGACUACAAACAUGUCUGCCGAGUGUGUAAGAAGAGUUUCCGCUACGCCACUACACUCGCUCGCCAUGAGAGGGCGCACCUCUCAGAGGAUACACCGACUCCACCCCCACCAACAGCGGAGGAAGCCACUCAGGCAAAGGAGGAGGAGGAAGAGGUGGCGCCGGAGAGCAAAGCUGGCGACGAGGAGAAGGAGGCAGAGAUGGAGACAGAAGAAGGAGGAGCAAAGGGAGGCGACAGUGAAGGAGGGGACAGUGGCGAGUCAGAGGAAGAGGAGAAGGAAAAGGAGGAGAGGAGUGACGAAGAGGCAUCAGAACCAAAGAGCCUGGAGGGCGGAGAGUCAUCUGGAGGACGCGUGGACAAGAGGAAGAAGAUCUGCAACGUGUGCUCGAAGAGGUUCUGGUCUCUGCAGGACCUGACCCGGCACAUGAGGUCACACACAGGUGAGCGUCCCUAUCAGUGUCAGACCUGUGAGAGGACCUUCACUCUGAAGCACAGCCUAGUCCGCCACCAAAGGAUCCAUCUGAAACCCCGAGGGGCUGACAGCUCCUCCGGUGCCAACGACGACGCUGGCAGCGAGGACGGAGACUCUUGCACCCCGACCCCAACCUCCACCUGCCCACCCUCAGAGAACGAGAGCGAGUGCGGGAGUGCCGCAGCUGGGAUGAAGGAGCUGGAGGAGGACGACGUGAAAGACGAGGGGGAGGAACAGAGCCCUUCGAAACCAACAGAGUCCGGCGGGGACUUGGAUCCUGCGACCGCCGUCGACUCGACUCCCAGCCGCCAAGCUACUGACACAAAGACAACUACUAGCGCCGAAUCGACAUCUGACCCAAACGCCUCCAAAGACCCCUCUCACUCCUCCACCAGCUGCCCGCCAGAGGAAGCGGCAGCAGCCACCCCCACCCAGGGCUUUAUCCAGGGGCUGCUGGAGAUCCACGCCAAGCCCCCUCUGGAACACAUCCUGCCCAACGGAGAGCCUCCUCUGGUGGGCGUGGAGUGAGGGCGAACCCCUAACCACAACACCACAGUGCCAUAUGGUCGGAGAGAUGCUGCACCAUUGAUGACGAUGCAAAAACCAGCCCAGAAACCCUUUUUGAUAGAGAGACGAAAUCCUCGUUUUCUUGAAGUGCCUUACUACUAGUCCUAAAAGAUGUUUUUGCUAUAUCUUUAUCUGCAUUAUUACGGAGAAUGGAUCUAAUUUUUAUAGCUUUUUAUGAUGACAAUGAUUUACAUAACAUUUUUUUUGUGCGGGGGAAUCUAUAUUUCAGCAAUAAAAAGAAUAAAGUUACGAUUUAUUAUUAUUCUAGAUUUUUCUUAGAGAAAUGAUCAACUUUGGAGACGCCAAGAGACAGACAGAGACUGAGACAUGGCAUCCGCCAUUCUUCUUCGGUAUUUAAAUUAAGAGCUGGACGUCGCGACGCACGAGUCCGAACAAUACGCUUUCACAACGUUUCGGAUUUCCUAAAUUAAAAAUUCACCAGCCGCUUGUCCGGUUUGACCAGUUGAUAUUUUUGAUAUGUUUUUGGGUAAAACUGAAGAGCGAGGCGACAGCUGCACGGCUGCCGAAGCGGCCCAGUUUCACCAGCAAUGACCGGCGGCCACCACCGUCGACUGGUGGCCGCCUGCCACCAUGUGACCGAGGUAGCUUUUUUCUGUUUUGUUUUUGUAACUGGAAAACGCCUCGCCAUUGUUCCGACUCUCGGCCGGUUUGGCAAAACACAAGAAAACAUUUGACGAACUUCUCAAAGUCGCAUUUCUGUGUGAAGAGGAACUUUUGAAAGGGCAGAAAAUAGUGUUUGUGUUCUCCGUGUUUCUUCUUCCUGUUUUUUUUGUUUUGUUUUUUAAACCCAUCACACUAUUGAUCCCUGAAGCCACCCUGUGAGUCGGCCUGUGUGUGUGUUCAUAAUUUCUCACUCAUAAUCAUUCUCAGUUGAUUCCAUGUGUGUACAGAGAGUUAAACUUGUGGCACGUGAUGCUCGAGUAUUUUCUGUUUUUCUGCAUGUGUGCGAUUACCAGUGACAUAGGUGUAGGGAUGGGAAUUCAUUUUCGUGGAUUUUUUUAUAUAUAUGUAACUGAACAAAUCAAAAGGUUUUGUUUUUGUGUGUGCGUGUGAGUGUGCGUGACUCCCACCUGUCUGUCAUCGUCACCCCCUAGUGUUCUUAUAGGGUUUAUUACAGGGCCUCCAGCGUGCUAAUGUGUAACGCCGCUAAUACCUGACUUAGGUUCAGUUUACCUCAACUUCUGCUUUUUAACUGCAACCAUUAAAGCAACAGACGAGCAGCUCUGUAGGCAACCCUUUAAAUCCUAUGUCUUCCUAAGCUGGGCUAAUGCUCUGCAGGCCAGGUUUCUACUGUGGGCCAAAUCAAAGCAAGCCAGGGCUAACUCAUUAGUGUAGCUUCAAACACGGCAUGCACACUACCCCAAAUAGAACCAUAAAAAGGCUAAUUUAGUAGAACAUAGAAAUGGCAAGGAAUUUGUUAAUACCAUAGUUAAAAACCGGUAUGAUGCUAGCUAGCUGUAUUUUACCUACAUUGGCAUCAGCUUUUCUUUGGGAGCAAUUAGACAUUAGAAAAUGUUAGGGUUAGUUUGGAAAAACUGACCAGAGCAGGCAAGAUAAUAAAAACCCUAAAAUAGCAAAAAUAGCAAAAAGGUAGUAUUAGAUGGCAAUAACUAUAACAUAGCUAGCAAAGGAUUAGCUUGGUUCAGUAACUUGGUAUGGUUAGUUGGCCCUUCUUAUCUCUAAUAUAAGCUUAAGUUUUCUUACUGGGUUCCAACAUAUCGCCCACAGGCUAAAAACGCUACAGGCUAGCUAGAAUUAACCAGCAUGACCAGACUUGUGUUUACUCUGUUAACAUUGUUGUUUGGUUAGUUAGCUCUAGCUAGCUCCGAUUACAAGGUUGGGUUUUGCUAAUUAGAUCCCGGGACAUCACCUACCUACUGGGUAAAAAGAUAUCUUAUCUAAUAUUAACUGACCGGAUUAGAUAAGACCAAACAUGACUAAGCUAGUUAGCAGGAUUUCUAGCUAAGAGUCGGCCUAGCUAGUCCUCUUACAGUAUUAUCAGUGUUUCUUGAGUUGGCCCUGGACUUGUUUAGCACUGUUUGUCCCAUUUUAGCCCCAUCUUUUUUUUUGAAAGUACAUGAGGACUUGUACCUCUUUUGUGUUCAUCUGUGCUGAUACAAAGAGAACAACUAAAAACGUUCAGUUUCUAUUUGACAUGUACUUUGAUUGUGUUUUGGAAACUAUGUAGUCAGUGUUGGUUAGGGCUGGGCGAUGAGGCUAAGAAUCUGAGCACAAUUUAAAAAACAAAUAAAUAGCAGUUGAUAGUUCUAAUCGUGAAAGCUUGUUCCUGCAAUUGGGGGAAAAAAUGUAUUUGUCUUCCGUAGGUCGACAUUUCAAGUUUAUGUAUCUUGAAAUUUCAAGAUCCUGAAAACUAACUUGAAAAUUAAACUUACCAACUCAGAAUUUCAUGUCUUGAUAUCUCUGCUUUUACUGAGCAGUAACCUUAAAAAUCAAGAUACUCAAUAGUACUAUUCAAAAUAUCUAAACUGAAUACCUUUACCUGGCAAUUACUUUUGUACUAUUAUUAUUAUUAUUAUUAUUAUUAUCAUUAUUUUUACCCGAAGGAAACAAGCUUCCAUACAUAGUUACUAUAAUAUAAAUCAGCGCAUUAUUUAUUUGAAGUUUAAAGGCCCGGUGCUUGAAAAGGUUGACGUUUGCUGCUGGAUAAGUCGUAUGGAAUUGAGGGUCUACGUCUACUAACAACACUAGUUUGGGACUAUAAUUACUUUCUGCUAUUUAAAGAGAAAAUAAUGCCCGAUGAUAGCUGAUCUGUUCAUUCUCCAGAUUAUAAAUUGCCAAAUGUCAUCUCCAAACUACUGAAGCAGAGUUACCUUUCUGAGGAUAUCUUUGUCCUUCCAGCAUUCGCAAAACCAUUAUUGAGCUUUUGUUAAAUUUUUAUUGAGUUUAUACUGUGAUAACCACUGUUGCUGUUUUAUCGCCCAGCCCUAAUGUGGAUUUGUGGUUAGGAAUUUGGCAUUAUAGACAAUCAGUUAAUUUUCAAAAUGAUCCCUUUAGCUGUAUGUUGAAAGAGGAGCUAAAUGAAGGGGUGAGAGGGAUGGGCGGAUGGGUCAGUUGGAGUGGGGGUGAAAUCACAACACUAUUUUGUGUUCCUGAACUGUAUUACCCUGCUGCACAAACAAACACAAAUAAAAGGGCUAAUGUCACCCCUGGACCAACCUAUCCAAACGAACCCAUAACAGGAGGGCUAUUGAUCCUGAUAGUGUGUAUAUGUUUUCUUUUUCGUGUAAAGAUUGAUAAUACUUAAUAAUCUUGUACAUAUUCAUUUUUUUAAAUAUCAAGCAACCUCAUAAGCAAAUCAAACCUCAGCGGCUCAUAACGGAACUGUAGGCCAGCGGCAGUCAGCCAUUUACUCGAGAUAUAUUGAACAACCACAACUGAGCUGACUUGUUGCUGCCGUUAAGUGGCACUAACAACUUCCAAAACUACUACUACUAUUAAUACUAUUAGUAAUAUUAGCAUGGACUGUCGUAACACAAUCAAGAGAGAAAGGGAGUCAGUUUCCUCCAUUUUAUAAUGUUUAUAUUUUUUGUCAAUACAGCAAAUCAUUUGGGCCUCACAAACGUUUAAUGAAAUUUAGAAAGCUAAAGUAUGAUAAAAAUGUAAAAUUUCCCUUUUGAGCUGUUAAUGAAUAAAAAUUAAAUAUUAGUUUCUUUCAAAGCUGAGCGAGUCCCAAUACAGCACUCAUUUCUCCGUUAUUUUCAGCAGCUAACAUCUCGUCUAAAGCUGUGAAAACUAUAACUAAAAAUUAUACAUUUGCCUUUGGAUCAUUUUGAAUUGGAAAAUACGAAGAUAAUCAAAAGCUUUUGAAAAUGUUUGGCUUUAUUCUUGUUUUAGUGCCUUAGCAGUUAUCUUGUUGCUCAAAAUUGAAAAAAAUUAUUAAAGCUUGCAGGCUAGUGGCUAACAAUAAUCCAUCAUGCUAGCUAGCUUACUAGCUUAUUUAUUGUUAGCUUAGUCAGCAUUGAUUGAUUAACGCAUUUAAAUCAUGUUUAAUAAAUGUAAAAAAACCCCAAACAAACUAUGGAGUAGAUUAUGGAAUAAACUAGCUAAAAGUUAGCUAAAAUGCUAACACCCUGGCUGUCUUUUUUUUUUUUUUUUUUUUUUUUUUUAAAUAAAGAUAGCGUUGUCUAAAUAGUUUGUCAGCAGCUUAAAUCAGCUUUAAAUUUUCCAUAAUUGAAGCGUUUCCUCAGAGUUUAAUAGAAUGUAUCAGCAUUUCCAUAGAUUUACUUCAGUAAAUGUUUUACAAAUGAAUUUGUUCCUAAGCUAAAUUGGUGAGUUUUUUUUUUUUUGCAACUUUCCCACGCUAGUCAAAGCGAGUAAAGUUAGCCAUGACGCUAAUCACAGUUAAUAAAUUUCGUGGCCGGGUGGAAAUGCUCCCUUUCUCUCUGAACUGUUUCCUGUUUUGUUAGCUCCCUCUGUACUCCCUCUCCCUCUGGAUUACGCGUUCGUGUGUGUGUGUGUGUGUGUGUGUGUGUGUGUGCACGGCCAUAUGAAUACUGGACUUCCAUUCGAAUGCACGUGGACUGUUUUUAAAUGUAUUUAUUUGGAGCCCAGGCGAGUGUGUCUGUGUGUGUGUGCGUGUGUGUUUAGUUUCUACAAUGACUUGAGAAGAAGCCAUGUAUUAAGAAUAUCACAUUUAUGCUGCAGAACUGUUUUGAGGAACUGAUGGUUUGUGUCGUGGACUAACCGGCUCACCGUAGGUGCAGCGGGCCGGGGUGCGAAUCGGACUAGCAAUAAGAAUCCCUCUGAAUCCAAAAAGCUUUAUGUAGAUCUCCUGUAUAUGAGUUGAGAACAGAUUGUUUGGGUCUAUUGGUUUUAUUGUGUUGUUAGUUUUUGUUGUUUCUUAUUUUUCUCUAUGACAUAUAAAUGCGUAUAAAACUGUGAAAAUCCAUUGUGUUCAGUUAAAGGGUGACUUUUAGGUUAGGUUUUUGGGGUUUUUUUGCAUGUUAAUCUAAUUUGUUCAAUUAUGGAUGAUUUCUCCUUUCUCAUCACUUCUUGUGCUACACACACAUAUAAAUAUAUAUAUAUAUAUAUAUAUAUAUAUUAUAAAUAUGAAAUUAUAUAUAACCUCGCUCUCAGGGUCUUUCACGAAUCCAUAUUCAAAAUGCUUCAUGUUCUUAUUUCCUGAGUUGCAACUUGUCCUGAUUACGUUGUUUCUCCUUUUUUUCUUUUUUUUCUUUGUUAAUAAUGAUUCAGAACUGUCAAUCACUACAUUUAGCACUUGACUGUGAACAAAUGUGUGGUUGGAUUAAAAGACAGACCCCCCCCCUUCCACACACACACACACACACAGAUAUUUGGUUGAAGUCCUCCUCUGGUUCGGUUUCACCCUCCUGUGUAAUGUUGCGUCCCUGUCAGAGGUCAGAGGGAACGUCGGAGAGGAGAUUUCUAAACACACUCACACAAAUGCUGGACCUCAAUCAGAAAGCAUUAAGACACAAUCGUCUGAAAAACGUUGAUUUCUUUUCCUCUGUGGUGGUUUCAUCGUCUGUCCUCUCAAACAUGACAGUGUUUCACAAAGUCAAGAGAUGUAAACCUGUUCUGUAUUCAACCCAAUAAGAGAAAGCAAUAAAGAUUAUAUCAAGGAAAGGUGUGUGAAUCAAA